GUACUAGGUGUGCGUUUUAUAAAGCCGUACACAAACAGUGGCGUGGGGAUUAUGCCCCUGUAUACUGUUUCAAACAUUUAUCUAAACGAAUUGUGACUCUCUGUGUAAGUGUUUUGUUUUAAUGGCAUACAAUGGAAAUUUUAGGUAGUACGUUUGACGACUCUAUGUUUGUGGAAGCGAGAGACCGAGAGUCCGUGGCUCUGAAAUCAUACAACGCCAAAGUCUGCGAGCCCCAGUGGUAUUGUGUUGAUGUUGUUCUCGAUACAAAUGAUUCUUUGGAGAAGCAGAAAGUGAUGAAAUUCAAAGGCGAUUUGGCUGUGAGAAAAGGGGAACAUCAGAAAGCCUUUGAUGCCUACAGUGCAUGUCUAGAGUGGAUCUCUGAUAACAACUUGAACAUCAGGAGAGAUGUGCUGGAGGGAAUGGCCCGAUGCUGCAUCAAAAGGGGACAGAAAGACAAGGCACUGGAUUUUGUGGAUUUACUGAACAAAGAAGCCUCCAAUACAUGUCAUCUGACCAGUCUCCUUUUGCUCAAGGUCAGUAUAUACCACCAUUAUGGAGACGUAGAAGCAAAAAUAUCAUGUCUGCAGCAACUUUGUAGUCUGUUACCUUUUAAUCCUUGGCACUGGCUUGACUUGGGACACACAUGCUUGCAGCUGCUUGGUAGUGUCAAAACUUCAGAAUCCCAAAAAGGUCAUAGUUGUGAUUUGGUCAAAUUGCCAAGUAGUGAUGAGGCUGCAGGUCUUAGUGAAGACACAAUCUGGCUCAAAGCUUGUACAUGUUUCAUCAGGUCCAGACUUUUGCUGAGAAUCCUUCAACAGCAACAGUCCUCUUUUGUGCUAAAACGCAGUGAAAAGGCCCUGGAAGAGACUGAUAAGGCACUCCAGCAGCUAAACCCUACAGAAACUACUAUACAGAGUCUGAUAGAAGUAAUGUCGGAAGAUCUUAUUCCAGAGAAAAUGAGGGAGGAUUACCAGGACGGUGAAAGUUUGGCCACUGUGUGUGUCCAGAGCUUCAGAGAGCGCUGGUGGGACAGAGUUGUACAGACUCAGACAAACACAAACUCAUGACAAAUCAGACACAAAUACAAUAUGCUUGACAAUGUACUUUAUAAAAUAUGUAAAUAAA